GCUAAUAGUUGUCUGGCAGAGAGUUUGACUUAUUAUUGAAAUCAAAUGAAUAAUCUUCCUAAAUGAUUGACAAAGUGCCAUUUGAUCAGUUCUAUUUCUUAUCAAUUUAUAUUCUCCAUGGAAAUAAACCAACAAAAAAAUUACGAUUUAUUUGAAAUAAAAUUGUUUCAAAUAUAUUCAACGCUUAUGUAGUCUUCAUUACCGGAUUCCAAAUUUCACAGGUUGAAAUGAUUUAUCUACUAACAUUAUCAUAAACUAUCAUUGAGGAGUGAGGAAACUUGUAUUGAGGUUCGGAAAACUAAGGGCAGUUUUGACAUUUUUCUGAAUAUUGUUACAAUAUCUGGGGAGAAGGGAUGAGUUAGCGUCAAGAUCAAGUUAAAGCAUUCGAAACAACCAGCAGUCAUACGACAGUAUCAAACCCUAAAAGUAUUUGUAAAAAUUUUAGAUUCGGAAAGUUGAAAACCAAGCAAGUGUCAAAUUACUUUACGGACAGAUUUUUGAAUUUUUGAAAAACAUUGUUUGAAUUAACAAUUUUAUCAUUGCCAUUUAAAAUAUUUACGUAGUGAACUGACGAGAACAAAGUUUCAAAUAAUACUAACUUUCAACUUGAUAAAAAAUAUUUUGUCCUUAAUUUCUAGUAAAUGUGUGUUAAGUUAUUAAUAGUGGUGAACCAUUGCAAGUAGUGAAACAAUUUAUAAUUAGUGAAAAGUUUUAUUUAACGAUACUUGUGUUGUUUCAAUAUAUAAAUUUAAGUAGCAAACAUGAAAUUGUGGAUUAUUGCUGGAAUAAUUACAGUAGUAGUUUCGACUACGUCUGCUGAAACUAACAGAAAUAAAAAUAGAGGCAGAGGAUCUAUGUGGUGGGGUAUAGCGAAGGCAGGUGAGCCAAAUAAUCUUUUACCAAUGUCACCGACUUCAUUACACAUGGACCAAACAGUUUAUGGUACGCUCCGUAGGAAGCAGAGACGAUUAGCACGGGAAAAUCCUGGAGUUCUGAUGGCAAUCGCUCGAGGUGCGAAUUAUGCUAUUUCAGAAUGUCAGCAUCAGUUUAGGAAUCGCCGAUGGAACUGCUCGACUAAGAAUUUUUUGAGAGGCAAAAAUCUUUUCGGAAAAAUUGUGGAUAGAGGAUGUCGAGAAACUGCAUUUAUUUAUGCUAUAACGAGUGCUGCUGUUACCCAUAGUAUAGCAAGAGCAUGCAGCGAAGGUAGCAUACAAUCGUGCUCGUGUGACUACACUCAUCAGUCGAGAGCUUCACCUCAAGCACGUGACUGGGAAUGGGGUGGUUGCUCUGAUAAUAUUGGAUAUGGAUUCAAGUUUUCUCGAGAAUUUGUAGAUACUGGUGAAAGAGGACGAAAUUUAAGAGAAAAAAUGAAUUUGCACAAUAAUGAAGCCGGAAGAGCUCAUGUAUCUUCAGAAAUGAGGCAAGAGUGUAAAUGUCAUGGUAUGUCUGGUUCAUGUACAGUAAAAACUUGUUGGGUGCGUCUUCCAUUAUUUAAAAUAGUUGGGGACAACCUGAAGGAUCGUUUUGAUGGCGCAUCUCGAGUAAUGAUCAGCAAUUCAGAUCGGAUUCGUGGAUCCGGAAAUGCAAUUAUUAGUAAUUCUGCCAGCAAUUCCGUUCAUGGCUUACGUCAAGGUCUUGGACGCCGACAGCGAUACAGCUUCCAGCUGAAACCGUAUAAUCCAGAACACAAGCCACCGGGACUAAAGGAUUUGGUCUAUUUAGAACCAUCACCACCGUUUUGUGAAAAAAAUCCUAAACUAGGCAUAUUGGGUACUCAUGGUAGACAAUGUAAUGAUACAAGUAUUGGAGUAGAUGGGUGUGACUUAAUGUGUUGUGGACGAGGUUUUAAAACCCAGGAAGUAAUUGUUGUUGAAAGGUGCGCAUGCACGUUUCACUGGUGUUGUGAAGUCAAAUGCCAAUUAUGUAGAACAAAAAAAACAAUUCAUACCUGUCUAUGAAAUAGGGUUAUUAACAAUCAAUUUAAUUCUAAAAAUCGUACUUCUCACUAAAUUCCAUUUAAUUUAAAACGUUAUAGUUCUGAACACGUUCAGUAUUAAUACAAGAUUUUAUUAUUUAUUACGUUCAAUUUGGACGUUUAAGCAAAGACUGAAAAUGAUGAAAUAAUUAUAAAUUACAUUUUAUCAAAAAUACAGUGUUAAAUUUAUUAGUGAUCAAUAUGCUUUGUAUAUAAAUAAUUCAAACAAACAUAUGUUAUUUAUUAUGCAUUCUCAAGUAACACAAAUGUAGCAAACUAAUUGUCACUUUGAAGACACCCGUUAAAAAAAGUUAGAUCCAACAAGAUAUGGUCAUAUCAAGCCUGAUAAAAUUACUUCUGGUUGGAAAUAAAAAACAUUUUUU